UUCACAGCCAGUAGCAGAGCACCGCACGUCGUCGCCGCGUCGCGCGACGGAGUGGAGAGGAGACCAUGGCGGCGGCGGCGGCGGUAAGGCACCGGACGGUGGAGGCGAACGGGAUCUCGAUGCACGUCGCGGAGGCGGGGCCGGGCAGCGGCACUGCUCCCGCGGUGCUGUUCGUGCACGGGUUCCCGGAGCUGUGGUACUCGUGGCGCCACCAGAUGGGGCACCUGGCCGCGCGCGGAUACCGCUGCGUCGCGCCCGACCUCCGCGGCUACGGCGGCACCACCGCGCCGCCGGAGCACACCUCCUACACCAUCUUCCACCUCGUCGGGGACCUCGUCGCCCUCCUCGACGCCCUCGAGCUCCCCCAGGUGUUCGUGGUGGGGCAUGACUGGGGCGCCAUCGUGUCGUGGAACCUGUGCCUGCUGCGGCCUGACCGGGUGCGCGCGCUUGUCAACCUCAGCGUCGCGUUCAUGCCGAGGCGCCCCGCCGAGAAGCCCCUCGACUACUUCCGCGGCGCGUAUGGCGAUGAUUACUAUGUCUGCCGAUUCCAGGAACCUGGAGUUGAAAAAGAAUUGGCCAGUCUUGACUUGAAGAGAUUCUUCAAAUUGGCCUUGAUUGUUCAAACAACAGGAUCUUCUGCUAUGUCCAUUAAAAAAAUGCGGGCAAACAACAGGGAAGUAACAUUGCCUCCUUGGCUCUCUGAGGAAGAUAUCAGUUAUGUAGCAAGUGUGUAUGCAAAAACUGGCUUCGCUGGUGGUAUUAAUUACUACCGAUGUUUUGACCUGAAUUGGGAGCUGAUGGCACCAUGGACAGGUGCAAAAGUUCUAGUGCCAACAAAGUUUAUUGUCGGGGAUGGUGACCUGGCUUACCAUCUCCCAGGAGUCAAAAGCUACAUACACAAGGGUAGGUUGAAGAAAGAUGUUCCUAUGCUUGAGGAAGUAGUGGUAAUCAAAGGUGCUGGGCACUUCAUCCAGCAGGAGAGAGCACAGGAAAUCAGUGAUCACAUCUAUAACUACAUCAAGAAGUUCAAUACGGGUGUUUCUUCUCCAAAAUCAUCGAGGUUGUGAGAUAAUUUACUGCUGUAAAGAAUAAUUUCAAGAGAAUAAAGGAUGUAAUGCUUUAGGCUGAUGGUGUGGUUCUUUUGUCAUGCUGUGUUUGGCUAAUGCUGCAGAGCUUUUGUAAUGCCAAGUUUGGCUAUCUUGGCAAACAAUGAAAUUUCAAGGGUCUGAAUGAAUUUAAAAGAGCUUCUAGGAUGCCUAUAAACUAA